GUGAAAUAGAAAGAAUACAUGUCGAGGAGACUGGGUUCACGUGUUCUUAUACUUCCUUUCAAACAUAGCGUACAAGCAGACCCAAAAUAUGCCGAAAGGACAUGGGACUCACUCAAGGAAGCCAUCAAGGAAAUUUGUAAACAUAAUACAGGUGUAUUGUCUUAUGAAGAACUUUACAGAAAUGCUUACAACUUGGUUCUUCAUAAACACGGAGAUAUGCUGUACAAUGGUUUAGAGGAGUGUUUAACAGAGUUACUGGACCAAGUAGUGAAGCAAGUUGCGGCACACGCAGAAAGUAGUUUUCUUGAAAGAGUCAAACAGGAAUGGGAAUGGCACAAAGUGUCCAUGGUUCAUAUUCGAGAUAUUCUAAUGUAUAUGGAUAGAACCUAUGUUGCCGCAAAGAGAAAGACGCCUGUGUAUGAUUUGGGAAUGGCGCUCUUUCGAGAAGUAUUCAUAAAGUCACCACUUAUCUAUGAGAGACUUGUGAAUGGCAUAUUGGGACACAUUCAGUUGGAGAGGAAAGGAGAAGAAGUCAAUAGACAACUCAUGGCUUCGCUGAUAAUCAUGUUGAGAGACUUGAAUGGUGAACAGGAAGGGGAAGAAAUCUUUUGUGACUUUGAAAGACGUCUGUUGAAAGAAACUGCUGACUUUUAUUAUGGAGAAGCUCAAUUGCAGUUGUCUAUUUGUAGUUGUCCUGUUUAUCUGAAACGAGUGGAGCAAAGACUUGUGGAAGAACAGGAUAGAAUCCAGAACUAUCUUGUCAUAAACUCACCCUCAGAGUUGAUAAAAGUGGUACAAGAUGAACUUGUUACUAGGCAUAUGGAAACCAUCCUGGAUAUGGAAAAUUCUGGUUUCAUACAUUUGGUUCGAAAUGAUUGUAUACAGGACCUCGCCACUAUGUACAAUCUAUUUCAUCAAGUUCAAGGAGGAGAUGAACUGUUGAGGUCGCGAUUGAAGAAGGAAAUUCGUACUCAAGGCAAUAUUAUUUUAAACGAUGUUGAUAACAGAAAUGAUCCCAUUCGUUGGGUGGAAGCAGUCAUUCGUCUUCGUCAAAAGUAUAUGAACAUCGUUUGUCAUGCCUUUGGUAGCAGACAAGCAGCUUGUACCACAUGGAGUUCCCAAGUUGAUACGUGGAGUUUAGAAACUUGCGUCGAUAAAAAAUUGCUUCAAACGGUGAAUGACUCAUUUGAGUGGUUUCUUAAUCAGUUUAUAAGAACUUCAGAGUAUCUUUCUCUUUAUUUGGAUCAUCGCAUACGAACUGACUUUAGAAAUGCCUCAGAAGCAGAAUUGGAAAGCUGCUUUGAACAAGUAAUUUUAUUGUUUCGUGCCGUAAGAGAGAAGGAUUUGUUUGAGAGAUAUUACAAACAGCAUCUUGCCAAACGCCUGUUAUCAGGAAGGAAUUUUUCCGAAGAUAUAGAAAGAAUAUUUAUCGAGAAGCUAAAGAGUGAAUGUGGUUAUCAGUUUACUUCCAAAUUGGAAGUCAUGUUUACUGAUAUCCGGACGAGUGCUGAAGAAGUGGAAGCUUUUCGUUCCGCUAUGGAGGAUCUCCAAUUGAGUUUGAAUGGCAUUGAGUUUCAAGUGAAUGUUUUAACUACCGGUUGUUGGCCAAUUCGGAAUCAACCUUCUGCGCGACUGCCUUUGGAGAUGCAGCGUUGUUGUCAAGUGAGUGGUGCUUUUGAGAAAGUAUAUUUUGCUAGACAUAGUGGCCGGUUGCUUUCGUGGCAAACUAGUUUAGGAAACGUAGAAUUACGUGCGUAUUUUCCAUCGAGACGCCAUGAACUUAUGGUCUCCACUCACCAAGCCAUUAUCUUAUUGUUAUUCAAUCACAAUGAUGAGUUGAGUUUUCGUCAAAUUCAAGAAGAGACGGGCUUACCACAAAGUGAGUUGAUUCGUUGUUUGAAAAGUUUGGCAUGUGGCAAAUAUCGCAUCCUUUGUAAGGAGCCUAAAGGAAAGGAAGUAUUGGAUACCGAUAUGUUUUCAUUUCAUUCCAAGUUUACAUGCAAAUUGGUUCGCAUCAAAGUUUCCAACAUCAUGGCAGAAAAAGAAACGGAAGAAGAGAAAAGAGAAACGCAAGGUCGAGUGGAUGACGAUCGGAAGCCCCAAAUUGAAGCUGCCAUUGUUCGUAUUAUGAAGGCGAGAAGAUAUUUGGAUCAUAACAAUUUGGUAUCGGAAGUAAUCAGCCAGUUGCAAACUCAUUUUGUUCCAGAACCAGCAGAAAUUAAGCGACGAAUCGAAAGUUUGAUCGAACGUGAAUUUUUAGAACGAGACAAUAACCAACGUAGUUAUCGUUAUGUUGCUUGACGCCUUUUGUGUUUAUCUCGUGCAGAU